AUGGAGGAAGACGAGGAGGAGGAUGAAGACGCAGCGACUCAGCACGCGAUUGAACAAAGUCUUCUCCAAAGCAGCAAACAGAAAGAAACUCAGAAACCAAGCAUUGAGUUCCACUCCGUUUGGUUUCUUGCCCACAGCUCUGAGUGUGCAGCCUGCAGCCCGAUCGUCACCGCUAUCAGACACGGUGACGAGCAGCUCUUGAAGGAUCUCGUCGUCCUCCAGAGAGACGACCUCUCACAGCCGGACCGACGGGGUUGGACUCCUCUGCACGAAGCGGCAGCUCAGAGCCACCGAACCAUCCUGGAGCUCACGCUCAAAGCUUCAGGCUCGCACUCCGUGGAGAGUCGCACUCUCCGGGGUCAGACUCCUCUCUUCCUGGCAGUGGAAGGAGGUCUGCUAGAGAACGCCUCCUUGCUCCUUCAGCACGGAGCCCAGCCGGACAGUCGGGACCAGGACCAGGACCAGGACCAGGACCAGGACCAGGACUCACCGCUGCUCGUGGCGACGCGCUCAGCCCGCGCUGACCUGAUGGAGCUGCUGCUCCAUUGGGGCUCCAGGGUGAACCAGGGGGGCUGCCAAGGCCGCCGGCCCCUCCACGAGGCCUCGCUGCUGGGCAAGGCGGCGCUGGUGACUCUGCUGCUGGAGGCCGGAGGGCAGCCGGACCCUCGGAGCCACGACGGCCUCACGCCGCUGGCGCUCGCCGCUCGGGCCGGACACCUGGAGGUGGUGGAGGCGCUGCUGAGGAGAGGGGCGGACGUCCUGUCCCGGGCGCGGGACGAGGCCUCCGUCUUGUACCAGGCGUCCUCGACCGGAGAUCCAGAGGUCAUCGGUCUGCUGCUGGAACGCGGCGCCGACGCCAACGCGGCCAAUCAGACGAGACGCAUGCCGAUCCACCGCGCCGCACGCCGAGGACACCUGCAAGCCCUGAAGCUGCUGAUUCCAGUCACUUCUAAGGCCGAAGUCAACGACAGCGGGAUCAGUCCUCUCCACUCUGCUGCUGCAGGAGGACAUCCACACUGCAUCAAGGCCUUGCUGGACGCCGGUUAUGACCCCAACUACGCGCUCCAUCUCUGGGCUCGGCGUAGCUACGACGACGAGAGGAAGUCGGCGCUCUUCUUCGCGGUCUUGAAUAACGACGUGCCUUCGGCCAAACUGCUGCUGGAGGCCGGGGCCACGACCGGCCGAGACCCAAUCAAAUGUCUGCAGAUUGCUCUGCGUUUGGGCAACUACGAGUUGAUCAACCUGUUGCUGAGGUUUGGAGCCGACGUCAACUAUUACUGCAGAAUAAACACGACGCACUUCCCGUCGGCCCUGCAGUACGCUCUCAAAGACGAGGUGGUCCUCAGGAUGCUAUGUAACUAUGGUUACGAUGUGGAGCGCUGCUUCGACUGUCCCCACGGCAACGGCUCCCACAUCCCUGAAGACUACGAGGGAUGGAGCGACUCGGUGAUCAAAGACGCCAUGUUCUGCGAGGUGGUCACCGUCUACUGGCUGAAGGCCCUCUCGGGUCAGGUGGUCCGCGUCCUGCUGGACUACCUGGAUCAUGUGACCCUGUGCUCCAAGCUGAAGGCGGCCGUGAUGGAGCAGCAGCAGUGGCCCGACAUCUGCCGGCUGCAAGAGAACGCUCGCUGUCUGCAGCAUCUCUGUCGUCUGCAGGUCCGUCGUUGUCUCGGUCGCCUCCGUCUGCGGUCGCCCGUCUCCAUGAGCUUCCUGCCGUUGCCGUGGCGACUGAAGGACUACGUCCUGUACCGGGAGUACGAGCUGUACGGCCGGCAGAGCGGCACCCCGGGGUGA